AAGAAGAAGAAGAAGAAGAAGAGGAAGAAGAAGAAGAGGAAGCAAGCAUAAGCAGUAAAUUAAAGAAGAAGGUUUUCCUCUCUCUGUAUCCUGCUUUGGACCUAAUCUUUAUAACAUGAAGACCAUUGUGGGUUUAAAGGUGGGGGAGAGGAGAAGUUAUAGAACAGUUGCAGAAUUUUCAGAUGGAGUAAGUGGAGGGGAGGGGGAAAGUUUUUCUUUGAAGAGAUUUUCGCUGGAAUCUGUUUCUUAAUGAAGUGAGAUUUGUUUUCAUAAGGAGUAAUCCAAUGGAGAAUCAUGGAGUGACGGAUGAAAUUGAAGAAAAAAAUGAACAGCAAGAGCAACCACAAGAGAGAGAAAAGGGACUAAAAGGGAGGAAGUUCUCAUGGGGAAAGCUUAUGCACUUGGAUUCUUUUGACAUGGAGAGCGGGAAGAUCCCAUCGGGGUACCUUAAUCAUAGAUCGUUUAAGGCUGUGGAUUGGGGAACCACAUUGAAGCUUGCAUUCCAGAGCAUUGGAAUCGUCUAUGGUGACCUCGGCACAUCACCACUAUAUGUGCUUCCUGGUAUUUUUCCCAAUGGUAUUGAUCAUAGUGAAGAUAUCUUGGGGGUAUUGUCUCUAAUCAUUUACUCCCUUACCUUGAUCACUUUGAUCAAGUAUGUCUUCAUUGUUUUAUCAGCCCAUGACAAUGGUGACGGAGGCACCUUUGCUUUGUAUUCUCUUAUAUGUCGCUAUGCAAAGGUGGGCUUCACACCAAAUCAUCAGGCUGAAGAUAGAGAUGUAUCGAACUACCGGCUUGAAUUACCAAACAGCGGAUUGCGUCGUGCUUCUUUUGUGAAGUCCUUCCUCGAAAAUAGCAGAAUUGCGAAGUACAUUCUCUUGCUUAUGACAAUGAUUGGAACAUCCAUGGUUUUAGGGGAUGGAAUACUUACUCCAUGCAUUUCAGUAUUAUCAGCAGUAGGAGGUAUCAGGGAAGCUGCUAGUUCACUCACAGAUAACACAAUCAUGUGGAUAUCUGUAGGGAUUUUAAUCCUAUUGUUCCAAGUUCAGAGGUUUGGAACAGACAAAGUUGGGUACACAUUUGCACCAAUUCUUACAAUAUGGUUCUUCUUUAUUGCUGUAAUUGGUCUCCACAACUUCAUAAGACAUGAUCCAACUGUUGUCAAGGCGAUUAACCCAAUGUACAUAGUGAAAUAUUUUCAAAGAACUAAGAAAAAUGCAUGGAUUUCACUUGGGGGAGUCAUCCUAUGCUUGACAGGAUCAGAAGCUUUGUUCGCAGAUCUUGGCCACUUCAAUGUUCGCUCGAUUCAAAUCAGCACAUGUUCUAUUGUUUUUCCCUCCAUUAUCUUGGCCUAUGUAGGCCAAGCUGCCUAUCUUAGGAAACACCCUCUUGAUGCAUCUGCUGCUUUUUACAAAUCAGUUCCAAAACCUAUUUAUUGGCCAAUGUUUGUGGUGGCAGUGUUGGCAGCUAUUGUUGCUAGCCAGUCUUUGAUCUCAGCUUCCUUCUCCAUAGUCCAACAGUCUCUUGCACUUGGGUGUUUCCCACGGGUGAAAGUUGUUCACACAUCUUCUAAAUACGAAGGCCAAGUAUACGUACCAGAGAUCAACAACUUACUCAUGUUAGCUUGUGUUGGUGUCACACUUGGAUUCAAGAACACACUCAAAAUUGGGAAUGCUUAUGGACUUGCUGUGGUAUUUGUCAUGACACUCACAUCUACAUUUCUUAUCCUUGUGAUGAUCAUGAUAUGGAAGACAAAUUUUGCAUUGAUUAUCCUCUAUGCAUCAACAAUUGCCUUUGUUGAGUUACUCUACUUGAGUUCGGUCCUAUACAAAUUCACUGAAGGGGGGUACCUUCCAUUAGCCUUUGCUGCAUUCCUCAUGUCAGUCAUGUUUGUUUGGAACUACGUGUACCGCAAGAAGUACAUGUUUGAGUUAGAUAACAAAGUUUCCAUAAAGAAACUCAAGGAGAUAGCUAGCAACCCGGACAUUCUACGAGUCCCAGGUUUAGCCCUAUUCUACUCAGAGCUUGUCCAAGGCAUUUCCCCAAUCUUUACCCAUUACAUUGCUAAUGUCUCAGCAAUGCACAGAGUGCUCGUAUUUGUAUCAAUCAAGUCAUUGCCUAUAAGCAAGGUCCCAGCUGAGGAGCGUUUCUUGUUCCGACGAGUUGAGCCUAAUGAAUUAUGUAUGUUCAGAUGUGUAGUGAGGUAUGGAUACACAGAUGUGGAAAAGGAACGUGAAUCAUUCGAGGAAACAUUGGUGAAUAGGUUGAAGGAAUUUAUUAGGGAGGAAUUUUUCAAAGCAAAAUCACCUAAGAAUGGGAGAAUCAUUACAGGGACUAUCGCUGAAAGUGUUAUAGGGGAGGUGUUGAGAAUUGAUGCAGAUGAGAAUGAUGAUGGUACAUUUUUAGAGGAGAUUCAAUUCGUGGAUAAUGAAUGCAAGAAGGGUGGCAUAAUCUCUUUGUUUGGUGAGAGUGAGGUGGUGGCUUCGAAGGGAACUAACUGGGGGAAGAAGCUGAUUAUAGAUUAUGCUUACAAUGGGCUCAGAAGAUGCUUAAGGCAACAAGAUGAAGUCUAUGCUAUUCCUCGCAAACGUUUGUUGAAGGUGGGAAUGACUUAUGAGCUAUAGUCUUUGUAGUGGUUUAGUACCAUAUUAUCUAUUAGUCUUCUGGUUUGUAACCAAAGUUGAUUACAUUUAACUUGUGACCUUGAGCACAGGAAUAAAUUUUCCAAACCUUGCAA